AUGACAAAGCCCAGCAUGGAUUUCGGCGCAUACACCAGUUUUGAUGCAGAGUCCCUGCGCUCAUACUCGUCCAACAUCCUACCUGAUUGGGCGAGCGAGUCGGGGCGAGAAUCGCGAACCGACCGACUCCUAUCGGACUUCCCUCAACCCCCGUGGCGAUCCCACAAUGUCGACACUGUCCCAGAGAACCCCGCGCCCCCCAGCCCCAAGCCAUCCGUCAAGACCCUCCGCCGAAACUACAUGAUCAACGAAUUCCCGCUCCUCCAGGCGCGGAACCCCUUCAACGGCACCGACGAGUUCAAUCCGAUCAGCGAACUCGGCGCCUCCUACGACCUGAUCGCCCCCUACGAUGGCUGCGACGUGCCGCUCCACGAGCUGGAGAAGAUGGGCGACGUCAUGUUCUCGUCCGAGCACAUGCUGACCAUCCUCAACAACCCGCGGUAUCUGGCGCGCUUUCGCGAGUUCCUCGCCGAUGAACGGCCGCGUUCGCUGCCAACCCUCACAUAUUACCUGAACACCCGCAAGGCGCUGAAGGCGAUCAACUAUGCGAACGCGCUUGUGCGCCGGUCUGUCGACGCGCCGCCGCCGUCGGUGCACACGGGCGACGGCUUGGUCGGGGCUACUGUCAAUGCGAAGCUGGAGGAGCGUCUGCGGGAUGCGCUGGAUGCGCUGACGGCGGAAGAGCUGCCGGCCUUCAUCACCUCGCGAUGCAUCACCAUCACGAGCCGGAUUGUGGAAGCGCGGGUUCGCGGCACCCUGCCGCCGAAGUUUCAGGGCACGUCGGAUGGGCUGGCGGAGGUGUUCUGCUUGACGGAUCCCUCGCGGCCGGAUAACCCUAUCAUAUUUGCAUCAGAAGAAUUCCACCGGACUACGCAGUAUGGCAUGGACUAUGUGCUAGGCCGCAACUGCCGGUUCCUGCAGGGACCGAAAACGAACAAGAACAGCGUUCGGCGCAUUCGAGAGGCCAUCCAAGAUGGGCGACAUCAUUCAGAACUGUUCCUCAACUACCGACGCGACGGAUCCCCGUUCAUGAACCUGCUCCAAUGCGCACCAUUAUGCGACAGCCACGGCCAGAUCCGCUAUUUUAUCGGCGCACAAAUCGACGUGUCCGCACUGGCUAUGGAAGGGGCGCAGCUGGAGUCUCUGCACGAGCUACUCGAGAAGCAGCAGUCCCACGACGCAAUAACAGUGGCGGAAAAGCCCAAAGACGAGUUCCGCGAGCUGGCCGAGAUGCUCAGUCCCCAGGAGCUGGUCGGGGUCCGCGCACACGGAGGAGACCUGUUCCAUCCCGCUGUGAGCCAUAUGCAGACGUCCCGCGGCGCUCGCGGAUGGAUGCAGCCGGAGACGUUGGUGGAAGAUGACGAGGAGGUUCUUGAAUCGGGCGACAUCAAGCCUGCUUUCUUUCGGGGGUCGUUGAUUGGAGCUUACGAGAAUUACCUCCUGGUCCGUCCGUAUCCUUCCCUCCGCAUUCUGUUCACGUCUCCUUCGCUCCAAAUCCCGGGCAUGCUGCAGUCUUCGUUUCUGUCCCGGAUUGGGAGCUCGUGCAUGGUCAGGGAUGAGUUAGUGCAGGCGUUCAUGUGUGACCGGAGCGUGACAGCGCGGAUAAAGUGGGUGACGCGGUAUAGCCCCGAAGGGCGUAAUCGGUGGGUGCAUUGUACUCCAUUGCGCGCCAGUAAUGGGAAAGUUGGGGUGUGGAUGGUUGUUAUAGUGGAUGAUGACGAUUGA